AAUGUUUUAUUCACGAUGAAUUUCACACACAAAAAUAAUCUGACCAAAUUCUAUGGAAAUUUUUCCGUACAAAUGGAUUAAUACAAAUUAGAAUCCACGCAUUACUAAUUUUCUCAAUAACAUGUCACGUCCCAUGACCGCAGAACCGCUUCUCUCUUGCCCACUUGCUUCUCUCUCUGCGUAUUUAAAUCCGAUAUUCCCACAUAUAUCUCAGAUGUAAAAUACAUUCCAAUAUUUAUACGAACCAAGCGAUCUAGGGUUUUGCAAAAAAUCAGAAGAUUUCCCAUUUUUCUUCAUGGCAAAGAAGAGGAAAUCCGAUGCAACGCGCCUAGAUGAGGUGGAUCGUACCUUGUACACCACUUUUAGCAGCGCGGCCAACUCCCUAUCCCACCUCUACUCCCAGGCCAUGCAUCACCAGAAGGUCUCCUUCCAGGCCGGUGAGCGCCACUCUCUGGAAAAGCUUUAUAAUUGGAUUGCAAGACAACACGAAGAUGGGGCAAGAGUGGGAACCAAUGAUAUGCUUGCAUAUAUUCAGAACGAGCUUGAUCAUGGGACUGAUGAACCCCCACCAUCGCCGAGGUUGCCAUUCCAGCAGCAGCAACAGUCUCAAACUGCAAUGCAGACGAUUCACUCAGGAUUCCCACUGUCUUCCAAUUCAUCUGGUCCUGCAAAUACGCGUUCUGUGAACUCCGAUAACCAAUCUAAAAACUCCGUUUUCUCGAAUGCUCUCUCCAGUCCCAUCCGUCGAAGUCUCCAGCACUAUCAUUUGAUGCAGGGAGGUCAAUCGGCAAAUAAUGUUAUGCGAAACAACGAGAAUAAUGGUUCCCAAAGUAGGGAUCCUAAUCCACCUAGCUCGAAUGACACUUCAAUGGACAUGCAUGCUGAUAGCCCCGAUUAUGAUUCUCAUUGCUGAGAUUGCAUCUAUGUUCGGAAGCCUGAAGAUCUCCAGGUGCAAACAGGAUACUGAAUGUUGAUGAAGAAUGAAGAGCUUUGUCCUUUGGGUGAAUGAGCUUAAGAGAAGUCCGUUUCUGCGUCGUCUGAUGGAAAUGGGCAUGUUCCUGGUCACGUCAAUAUUAAUUGGUCAUUUUAUCCUUUCGAAUUCUGCUGCUCGUUGUAUAGUUUCUUUGACGACAAAGGUUAGUUCAUCUAAUAUCUGUGCUCUUUGGGUGAGGUGAUUCUCUCUGAGGUUGCUUUUUAAUAUAUUUUUGAGAUGAUUUUGUUGUA